CUGACGUUUACGUUUUACGUGUUGUUGUUUGUUGUUUUGAAGCGAUUGGUGAUUUUGCAAAGUUUGUUCAUUAUUUUUUAUGCCCAAGAGAUAAUUUAACAAAUCUACCAUGAGUUAUAUGUUAGGACAUCUGCACAAUGGCUGGCAAGUCGACCAGGCCAUUCUGUCGGAGGAAGACCGAGUUGUGGUGAUCCGGUUCGGGCACGACUGGGACCCGACGUGCAUGAAGAUGGACGAGGUGCUGUACAGCAUCGCGGAGAAGGUCAAGAACUUCGCCGUCAUCUACCUCGUCGACAUCACCGAGGUGCCCGACUUCAACAAAAUGUACGAGUUGUAUGACCCGUGCACGGUGAUGUUCUUCUUCCGCAACAAGCACAUCAUGAUCGACCUCGGCACCGGCAACAACAACAAGAUCAACUGGCCGCUGGAGGACAAGCAGGAGAUGAUUGAUAUUGUGGAGACGGUGUACCGCGGCGCGCGCAAGGGCCGCGGUCUCGUAGUGUCACCCAAGGACUACUCCACUAAGUACCGCUACUGAAUACCUGAGCUACAGUCACUGGUGUCUGGCUCUUCAAGUCAAGUUCGUACUGAUUCAUGGUUUAGGAGAAUAUGUACUGAUUCAAAUGUGAACUCAAGCACUUGCUGCUGGUAGUCUAAUUUGUUCUACUGAGAACUAUCCAAGUAAUGGAAUCUUUGGAGCAUUGUUUUAAAUGCAAAAUUUAGUUUAAGUUGUAAAAUAAAAUAAUUAUGGUAUUAAUUAAA